UUGACUAUUAAUUGCCAUGACUAAUGACAGUGUCUAGUCGUGUACUCGAGUAAAAUUGAUGCCUGCAGAUCAGCUCACAUGGGUGAAGCAAAUCAAUGGACUCACUGACAAUUCAAUUUGUACCUACAUAGUGUUAUGAUUUAGUUUCGACCUGUUACCAGACAGCUCGCCGCUCGUUGCCUCAGAUAUAGUUACAGUAUAUCGCGUUGAGCCCUGACUAUGAGAUGUCAAUUUAGAUUUUGUUAUUGAGCCGUAACUCAAUGUUAGAGCUUAUUUAUACAAGUUUUUCAGUGACAUUGUCUUACAUAUCAUUGUCAUCGUUGGUAUACAGGCAGUCUGCUUGGUUAUUAGUUGAACUUUUUUUGAUCAUUAUUAAAUUUAAAAAAUCUCCGUACAAAAAUUAUUAAAAUGCUAGUUGAAAACUGUAAAUUUUCUCUUUUUACGGUUUGCAUCUCAUUGAUUCAUUCACAUAGUCUGGGGGAUUAAGCAUGUUUUUAAAUAGUAUUUGCAACAUUUACUAUUAACUUUACCAAGUUGAUGAAAAUAAAAAAAAUCAUGUGAAAAUUACUCAAAUUUAAUAAGAGAAGUUACGCGACAACUCAUAAAAUACUACUAGUGUUUAUUAUAAACACAAUCAUGGCUAUCAUCAAUUGGCGGUUUCAAUGGAGAGAAAUACUUCCGAGUAUAAAAAAGUACUUAUUAUGGAAGCUUGCUCAGAUGCGGUUGACAAUACAUUCUCUAACAUACAAUGAACAUAUGAGCCAAAGUUAUGUGAUUGACUGUUUACUGGAGCCCAUAUUUUGGAUAGUGGACAACUUUGCUGGUAAUCUAGGACAAGUAUUUGUUUUCUGUGUGAGUGUAUUGACAACAGCUGUUGUCUUGAUUGCAUAUUGGAUUGGUUUGCCGUUUUGGUGGCAACGGGAUCCUUAUACCACAAUAUUUCUAGUACUAUUUGGUAACUGGCUAUUACUUAACAUAAUAUUUCAUUAUUAUAAAGGAGUUACUACAUCCCCUGGUUAUCCCCCUCAUGGCACAAUGAUAUCAGAAGCGGCUAGUAUUUGUAAGAAAUGUAUAUCACCGAAGCCCCCACGUACCCACCACUGCUCUGUGUGUGACAGAUGCAUCCUUGCCAUGGACCACCAUUGUCCUUGGCUUAACAACUGUGUUGGUUACUACAAUGCUCGACAUUUCUUUCUCUAUAUGGUGUACAUGGUUGCUGGAGUGUUGUUUGUAAUAAUAUUUGGUUUUGAAAUCGGAUUCCAAGUACUAUGGUUGUAUGAUCCAAGUGCUAACAUUCCACAUAAUGAUCCUGAUUUAAUUGGUCAUCCGGUCCGGAUAAAUCAAACGGGUGCACUGAUACCUAUCAAAGACAUUGUAGAGUAUGAUUCUUUUAACUUCCCAAGGGAACACAACCUACCUGUACCUGUCAUAUCAGAAUUACAACUCAUUAGUAGUGAUCCAUGGAAACGGAAAGCCGUUAUAUUUAUGGCAAUAACUUGUUUGUCAGUAUUUUUCGCUUUAGGUACUUUAGUUACGUGGCAUGGAAAGAAUAUAGGUCGAGGAGAGACAAGUAUUGAAAGCCAUAUAAAUGCAAAAUUACGGAAAACACCCAGAAAUCUUUAUAGAAAUCCAUAUGAUUUUGGCAGAAGCAAGAAUUGGAAGUUAUUUCUUGGAUUGGUUCAAGGUAGAACUUUUAUUAGGCAUAUCUUAUUACCAUCUAGUCAUAGACCAUCAGGCAAUGGAUUAACAUGGCAUACCAUACAUAAUGUAAUGGAAGACUGGCCAUAGAAGUUUUAUAGAUUUUACUAACUCGUCUGGCGCAGUGACGCGAAGUGGGUCUUUGCCGCUGACACAAGAGAUCGCCAAAGUCGUCUGUCUAGAUUUGUAGAUUUUACAACAUUUUUAUUUAUUGUUUUGAACUUUUAAUGAAGACGCUUCCAUUUGUAUAGUUACAUUCCCUUAAAUAUGUAAGAAAUGUCGUAAAUUAAUUUAUUUUAUAAUUUUAUUAUAUAAAAGUAAAAAUCGAUGUAUACAAGAUUUUAUGGAGUACAUUAUUCUGUUAGAAUAGCGUGUAAGUUGAAUUUUUUGUAUGUCGCUUGUGAUGAAUUUUAAAAGGUGUAGGCAGAGAUUUCGGUAUUCCAUCUGACACCACAACUUUACUCAAUUUUUUACCUCCAAACAAUUCCGACAUCUAUAUAAAAAGGGGUUGGUGGAUGAAAAAGGAACAGAUCAAGACUAACUCAUUACCAUAAUAUUUGAUUUUAUAAGAAUGUUUACCGAUUUUGUAUUUGGAAAAUAAAGUGCGUGAAAU